AUGCAAAGCAUACCUACCAAACGAAGACCAGCUCAGUCACGAACUAUCGGGUUGGAUAUUGGAAACACAAAUUGUAGAGUAAGUUCCUGGUCAUCAAAAUUAGGAAAGCCUGAGCGAGUCCUGGACGAGUUGGGGAACAGGUGCAUUCCCUCUGUGGUAGCAGUUACAGCCACAGGUGUAUUGGUUGGACAUGAAGCCAUUGGAAUGCUCAUGAAAGAUCAACACAAUGUCUUUACAGGUAUAAGGGAUCUACUGAAAGAAGAUAAUUCAGAGGAAAAGAGAUUGAAAGUGGUGAUCGAUGGCAAAGAGACAGCUUUCUCACCAAAGGAUAUUCUCACCCAUUUACUGAGCAAACUGAGAGACAUUGUCCACAGUCGAUUCGGCACGGAAACUGUUGAAACUGUGGUUGCAGUGCCUGAGUGGUUGUCCGAUUCUGGACGCCAGACUGUCAAAGAUGUGUGUAGGGAUGUAGGCCUCAACCCACUUAGGCUCAUCAAUGAAACAGUUAGUGCGUGUAUAGCUCACGGAAUUGAUAAUAAGUUUCCGAACAACGAAGCAAAAGUGUUGGUGUUAGACAUGGGCGGAAGUUCCUUCAAGAUUUCCGUCAUUCUCGUUGAAGAUGGGAUAUUCGAGACCACUUAUACAGCAACGCACUCGGAUGUUUCCGGAAACAAGUUUGACGAAAGUUUGGCCGAUUUUCUCAUAGCCAAGUAUAAGAAAACCAAAAGUAGUCUACAUGAAGAUGAACGAAUCAUGCGACGCAUGCGCACUGCAUGCUGUAAAGCCAAAGAAUGUCUUUCAACGUCAUCAUACACAAAUAUUCUCAUAGAAAAUUUAGAAAAUGACACCGAUUACAAAAAUACUGUAACAAAAGCAAAUUUUGAAAAGGUGAACUUUGACCGUUUUCUUCAUACUAUGGAGCUAAUUGAGAGAGCGUUGAAGGAUGCUGGUGUAGAUAAGGAUGACAUUGAACUUGUGGUGAUGGCUGGAGGUUCGGCAAAGUUACCAAAGUUAGCAGAAAUGGUGGCCAAAGCGUUCCCGGGACGUGUUUUACAUGGAAACAUUGAUCCAGAGGAUGUAGUUUCUUUUGGCUGUGCCAAGCAGGCGAUGAUCCUGACUGGACAGGAAUCUGCGAAGUUGGAUGACCUCCUCUUGUUAGAUGUGGAACCACUGUCAUUGGGUCUGGAAACGGCAGAAAAAGUCAUGACAGUACUGAUUCCGCGAAACGCCACGAUACCAUGUAAAAAGUCAAUGACAUUCACAACCUACCUUGACAACCAGGUCACAAUGCUGUUCCGGGUGUUUGAAGGCGAGCGCUGUUUCACCACUGAUAAUAGCGACCUUGGUAUGUUUGAAAUGACUGGGAUUUGGGCCGAGCCGCGGGGUCGGGCACGAAUCGACGUGACGUUCGAAAUUGAUGCAAACGGCGUACUGACAAUAGCGGCAUUGGACAGGUUUUCUGGGAAGUCACAGUCAUGUUCCUUGAAAAAUUUCAAAUCCUAUUGCGAUCAAGAAGAGAUCGAAGAUAUUAUUGAGACUGCUAAGGACACCAGGGAUAGUGAUGACAGGAAGAUUUCGAAAGUAAAGGCCAAACUCUAUCUUUUAAGUUUUAUAGUCAACUUGGAGACGACUAUAGAGAAGGAAAGUGGAAUAAAUGAUAACGUGAAAGAAAAAAUAAUGACAAAAUGUAGAGAAAUAAAAGAGUGGAUGACAGAACAAGAAUCUAUUGAACAAAGCGUGUGUGACGAGAAGAUUGCACUCUUGGAAGAUGAGAUAUGUAGUCAUAGUGAUGUGCCGCGCGAACUUGUCACUCGGUGUAGAAACGAUGAAUUAAAUUUUAUUAGUGGCCGAGUUGUGAACAAUAAGCCACAAAAGUCAUCAACGGGAUGGAGGAUGGGUAAAAUAGGGAGACCCACACAGUCUACACCUAACAUAAAUGUACCGUCAACUCGCCCAUCUCCUGCCGUAGAUUUCAAAAUAGACGAGUUGGAUUGA